AUGGCGAGAGUUAAGAUUUCAAGAUUUCAAAUCAAUUACAUUUUGUUACAACAACAAUAUCGUGAAAGGCAUUUCCGGAAAUAUCAUGAAUUGCUGAAAACACUUCUUGUUGCGGAGCAAAAUAAUGAACUAUUAUUGAAAAAUCACAACAGGAGACCGGUUGGGACUACGCCCUUUAAUGAAACAAAUAUGAUUGAGAGGAAUGUGCGCCAUCGAGGUCGUGGGAACUAUUUUACAAGAGGCAAAGGUCGUGGAAAAUAUCACGAAAAGAGCGGCAUGAAUACUUUCGAACAAGGAAAUUUCUAUGGCCGUAGUCGUGGUCGUGGUCAUGGACUUAGUCGUGGCCGUGGACGUAGCCACAAAUACAAAAGCACAUGUAAUAGAUGUGGCAUGACUGGACAUUGGGGGCGAACUUGUCGUACCGCCAAAUAUUUAAUGGAUUUAUAUCAAGCUUCCCAGAAAAACAAAGGAAAAGGGGCAGAAGCAAAUUUUGUAAAUGAAGCAAGUACAUCUGGGCCCACCUUAGAUGUCUCCGAUUUCUUUACUGAGGAUGUGAACCUCCACAAACUUGAUCCCCAAGAAGAAGAUAAUUACAUCUUUUGA